GGCUGGUUAGUAAACGGUCUUGUUGUCACAAACAGACAGUUUUUCAGAGGAUAUCUUCAGUUCGCUUCUGCUGUCUCCCAGGUUACGACCUCUACACAUACAAAGCAGCCAUGACAUCUAAAGGUGCCAAAGAGACCAUCGUCAGCAAGUUGGGUUUCAAAUCCAGCAGCUCUGCCUCCAAGGCUGAGGUGGAACUGGACAAAGUCAGGAAGGAGAACGCUCACCUGAGGAGAAAGAUUGAUGAACUGGCCAAACGGCACAUCAAGCCACCUGACUCAGACAAAAGCAAGCUGCUGGAGAGGAUUCUUUCCCUUGAGACGCUCCGGGAGAGGAACAAUCAGCAGUUGCUGGUUAAAGAACAAGAACUAGAAACUUUGAGACAGCAGCUGUCAGCUAGAGGAGGAGAGGUGGUAGCAUCACUGCAGGCCCAGCUGGAACAGCGGAGGAAGGAGGCAGAGCAGAGAGACAUGUUGUUCCAGAGCUUGUCACAGGAAACAGAGAACCUGAAAAACAAGUUGGCCACUGUUUCUGCCCGCUGCCAGUCCCUGGAAACACAGCAGAGUGGAAAGGUACCUCCUGCAGACUUGGCUUUGGUGCAAGAUCAACUGAGAGACGCUCUUGAGAAGAACCAGCAGUGGCUGGUGUACGACCAGCAGAGAGAGGCCUACGUCCAGUCUGUCCUUACCCGCACGCUGGAGCUGGAGCAGCAGCUGGCCCAGGCAAAGCAGCAACAAACCAAACAAGAGAGCGGUUCAGAUGCUUCUGCCAGCUCAGCAUGUCCAGAGAAAGAUGCCCAGCUGAAGAGCCAAUAUGACCAGCUGCUGCUGGGAGUGCAGAAAGACCUUGAGAGCCAGAAAGAUCAGUUUACCAGAACCCAACAGGAGCUCAGUGUGCAAAGAGAACAGACACUGAAAGCUCAGGCUGAGCUGCAGUCUCAGAAGGAGCAGGUCACCAGGCUCCAGGAGGAGAUGUUAGUGCUGCAGAGGAGGUACGAGGACAAGUGCAGGGAGCUGUCAUCCUUUCUGAGGAAAUAUGAAGAAAAGAGCAAAGGGCUGGAGGAGGCCAAGAUGCACCUGCAGGCAGAGCAACUUAGCAACCGACAUGCAGUGUGCGAAGAGCGAAAGGUGUCAUCUGAGCGAGCAGAGAGGAUGAGAGUGGAACUGGAGACUAUGGACAUUAGAUUGGAGGAGGAGAGGAAGAGGUCUGCUGAGCUUCUGCUGCAGGUAAAUAUGCUGCAGAAGUCUCUUCUGAGCCAAAAUGAAGAACAGAGGAGAAUCGCAGCACUGGAGCAACAGAUCCAACUCUCUGCCAAGGACUUUGAGAAUGAAAAGAUUGAUCGUCAGAGCAUGCAGCACCAGUUACAUAAGGUGCUGAAGGAGCUUCGCAAGGCUCGUGAUCAGAUUGCUAAACUGGAGUCUGCUAAACAGCCCAAUGCCCGUUUCUCAGAGCCCAGCUCCUACAACAAGCUCGAGUUUGAGCGUCUUACUAUCGAUGACUCCCCUGGCCCUAUAUCCCCAUCUAAAGUCUCCAACCUCCUGGAUGAAAGUUUCUUAGAGUGCCCAAAGUGUCAUGCCCCCUAUCCCACCAGCCGCCACAGGGAGCUCCUGGCACACAUCGACUACUGCUUUGCCUAAGUUCACAGAGAGUCUGGAUCAGUGGUUCCCAGUCUGGAUGUUGGGACAUAACAUUUAUGCUGCAUGCAAUUCUUUUUAUUUUUCUUUGGUUUUUUUUUUUUUUUUUGUUGUUGUUUUUACAGGCUACUCUAAAGAAAAUUGAUAUAAAAAGGGAAACAAACCACUGUUUGGUUAACCAGGUCAUAAAGACAUGCUGUUGUUGACAAUGGUUAACAAGCAGACAUUGCUCCCUUUUUAUGGAUCACAAUCCAAAAAGGCUGGGAGCCACUGGGUUAGAUCUUAAGAUCAAUUGAGGAUCUAAGACUAUUCAAUAUGUUCUAAUUUGACAAACAAAAGCAGCAACAUAAGGUGAGUGAAAGGGAUUUUUAAACCCAUAUGGAAGGCUGCUUACAUGGUUGCCGUCCCAUUCUUUUGUUAGGAUUUCCACAAAGCUCCUUAAACUGCAAAGUGGCUGAGCCCUCAGGCAAGAUGACAUAUUUGCAAUACAACUCCUGCUGUCACAAUGAUCACUGGAUACAAACUGACAGCACUUUCUGUAAUGAGACACAGGUAUGUCCCAAGCAUGAUAGUGUGCACAGUUUGUAAAUAAACAAACAAAUAAUUAAAUUCCUCACUGCAGUAGGCUGUGAUGGAUCAUCACUCCAAGAGAUAUUCAAGAGGUUCAUUGGCCUGAGGAUGUGUUAAGACCCCAAAAGGCGGAGUACGAGUCUCUAGUAAAUACAAGUAAAAUGGAUAUGUUUUUUUUUAUUAUGAAAGGGAAUCAAAGGACAUACAAGGUGUUUCAUGUCCAAAUCACCUCAUCAAAAUUAUUUAGAAGUGUUUCAUGUUAUAUGUGAAUGACACUUGUUUUGUUUUUUUUUAAAUGGCUAGGUUCAUGUGUUUACACUUUUUCAUGGCGUGUUUGUAUUCCAGUUCUUUUUGGCCCUUAUCAUGUCAUCAGGCCGCAGUGAUCUCAUUAUUUGUUGACAAAGACCUAUGAUAUUCCUUGCGCAGGCUUAUUUCUGGGGUCUUCCUGCUUCGUUUAUUUGAGUACAGUCAUAUUUUUCAGGUUGGGGUUUGAUGAAGCUCUUUUUGUGUGUAUUUGUUCAAAUUAUUUAUUCUUGGGUUGUUUUUAUAAGUGAUCUAUUGUUUUAGGUAAUGAAAGCUUUUAUUUUCCUUCAGUAAAUGUAAGCAAUGAUAAUUAUGUAUUACUGUACACUGUUCUGCAUUUAUGAUGGCCUUUUGUGUAUCAUCAUGGGAUACACCUUAUUGUAUUUUCUAAAAGAAGUUUACAAACCUGCCUGAUAUGUUCCAUUGAUAAACCAGCUGUUAACACACUGUUCCUCCACUCCUAGUUUCAGUAAUCAAUGCCCUCUGUGUAACAUUUUCCUCAGCAUGUGUAAUAUUGACUGCAUAUUUGCAUUGUUUUGAAGGAAGAGAAAUUACCCGUAAGCAGCAAUGGUCAUUUGCAGUUUUGACAGUGAUGAGGUGAAGGCGUAAAUAAUAGGGAAAAUUUUCCUAUGUUCUAGCUUUUAUAUGUUCUCAACUACAUGUGUAGUCUGUCAUAACGUAAGACAAAACUAUACUUCUGAUUUGUCUACCAUGUGUUGCUUAUUAUGUCCCUUUUGUUGUGCUCCAGUACAAAGUGUAGCAGUGUCUCUCUGUCUAGGGCGUUGCAAAUAGUGGGACAAACCUCGCUGAACCAUGUGGCUGUAGUCAUAACCACAUAGUUUGGUUCACCUAAACUUAACAGACCUUAAACAUACUGCAUCUGUGAGCUUAAUUGGUCACAUGGUGCCGGGUUGUUUGUGUAUUCUUUCCUGCUUGAGUGAAGCUGACCAUUUCCACCCUGACUUUUCAAGCCUGCAGCUCUGUAAGGCUGGGAUGAGAUUGCAUGAGUUAAUUCCUUGUACUAAACUAUUUAAGGCAGGGGAUUAGUGAAGGUCCUCUUGCUAGGGGAAAGGGGGUUAAGGUUCCUUUAUUCCUGCUGCCUUGGCAAUGUGACUAGAUAGACUUAAGACAGACAGACACUGCUAUACUGCCAUCUUUAAGAGAGUUGUGCUGAUGUAACUCAGACCAUGUGUCUUUUAAAAGAAUGCAAUGUGAGAAUCACAUUGUUUUGGGUUUUUUUUAAUGUCAUCUUUGUUUUAUUCUAAUCAUGUGCUCCAAAGUUGUUUUACAAUGCACUGUACUGUACAAAAAUGUGCAAUAAAGAUGUAAAUCUCC